UGUAUAAAGUUGGCCGUGCUUCGCCAUGGUUCCGCAACUUAAGCUCACGAGUCUUUCAAACAGUAGCAUCGAUUCAAAUCCCGUUUCCGUAAUUGCAUUUUUUUUUAUGAUUAAACACCAUCCCACAUCCGUAAAUUGAGCUAAUACGCAGUGGAAAAUGAUAGCUGCAGAUAGCUGUGCAAAGAUAGCAAAUCUUCUUCCUGUCUGCUCGUACAUAACCUGCGAUCUUUAAAACCGUGUAAGAAAACUAAGAAAAUUUGUCAAACGGAAAGGAGAAUUUUAAAUGUCAUGAGUAAGGAAGAUUCAUCCAUCAAUUUGUCCUCCUUUUCAAUAAAGACGAAACACAUAAAAGAUAAAGGUGUAAAGGUAUUCGUUCUUCCUCCUGAUGCUUUGCAGAGUCUUGGACUUCCGAUUAAAAGCACAUUCGGUAAGCAAUUACUAAAAGAAACAUCAUCUGCUGAAACAACAUCGGUGUCUCCAACUCAGAUAUUUUGUUCUAAUAUCUCAAAUUCAUUCUCUAGUCAAGGCGACCACACCAAUGUAGAUGAUAGCGAGAUAAUAACGAUACAAUCUAGCGAAGUCCCCUUGAAUAAUGUGACAAAUAAUUCUCAGGUAGCUAUUUCAUCAAAUACUUCAUUACCAGAAAAAUCAUUAACUGAUGAAAGUAGCAUUUUAGAGGAUUCUUUGAAAUUAGGAACAAAUACUAAUGCAAAUAAUGAAAAUGAGAAAAGGUGUAAUGUGCAAAACAAGAAAAAGAGAUCAAAACAAGUCACGAAAAAGAAAAAAACUCCUCAAAAUUAUGUUAUAGCUAAUACCAUGGAUUCAACGGUAUCAACCGAUCCUUUGAAAUCUGGAGUAAAUUCAGAGCAAACAGGUAUAAUCACUGAAUGUGAUUCUGAAGCAAUGACAAUGCCUGCGAUUUAUGUUCAAAACACAGCCUCAAAGCAUGAACAAAUACCAAAAAAUAAAUCUAAUACAAAAAAUUCACCUGACAGUAAACAACAUACAGAACAAAGUGACAAAUGCAUUAGAAAACGAAAAGAUUUCAAUAAUUAUGUUAUAUCAAUUCCAUGUGUUAAGAAAUCGCCAACAAAUAGUGUUAGAAAAACAAAUCCCAGUCGAGCCAAACAAAGUAUUGUAUCGAAUGAAAGCAUUAACUGUAAUACAGAAGGCAAAUCUGGCCUUCAAGAUAUUGGGGUAAUAGAGGAUAAGCCAAGAAAGAAAAGAAAAAUUGCUGGCUGUGACAUAGUGGAACAACAUGUGGAAGCAAAUACAAAAUUAGUUUCUAAAGAAUCCAUUGAGGCGGAAGAAGAAAAAAUUAAAAGUAUUCCUAUGAAUGACAAGGAGGAAUCCCACGAAACUAAUAAUCUGAAUAAUUCUGUUAUAUUGUCGGAGACACCAGUGCGUAGAAAAAGGGGUAGACCACGAAAAAAUCCACCUAGUGUUACUACACAAAUAUCAGAUGCAUUACAAGAAGAAUCGAAUAUACAUCUGACAGAAUCAAUUGAAGGAGCUGUAAACCUGGAUGACUGUAACAACUUAGCAUCUGCCAGUGGAAGUACUCCAUGUAGGACAAGAAUUGCGAAAAUAAGGCAGGAUACUACAGAUGGUAAGGGGCUAAGCGAAGAGAGCGAUAGUGAAGAUUUCAGCGAAUGCGUGAUACCUACGAAAAGAAAAGGUCGUAAACGAUAUCGAGGCCGAGGCAGAGGUCGAGGUAAAGGACGUGGAAAAUGUUUCAGAGACUCUGAGUAUAUCCCAAGGCAAUUAAAAUCUCAAGCUAAUUCGAAAUCUCUUAAUGGUGAGGAAGAACUACUUAAUGAGGAGGUUUUGAAUGUAAAAUGCAUUCGAUGUGAGAAAGAAGUACCAACAAAUAAAUGGCACAUGCAUAACUUGCAAGAACAUAACUACAUGGGUUGGCACGAAGGUGAAGAAGUAAUGGAUUUAGAGAAUGAUGAGAAACUGUUGAAAAGGGUUCUGACAUAUGCAAUCAAGCAAAAACGUGGUCGUUUGACCUGCGAAAAGUGCAAAGAAGUAAAACGUAGUGUGAUUGGUUUCAUAUCUCACAUGCAGUUCUGUGGAAAAACAGCAGAUGAAAGUAUGGCAAUGAUGAUCCCUUGCUCGAUUUGUCACCAUUUAAUGAAGCCGUCAUCUAAAGAUAUGCACAUGCGAAUACACAGGCAGGCGGAGCAGAAAUUAUUACUUCCUGUGGAAGACCUCGAUGCUGCAACACCGAGACGCAAAGCAGCAGAAAAAGCUAUAGCGAAGAUUUCUGAAUUCACCGUAAUGACAAAAGAUGAGAACGAGCAGCCUUCAAAGAAGACACAUACUGAUUCGAAACAAUUCAUACAGAAGCCACUAUUAAUAAAGAGGAUUCCUGGCAUCCUUAAAGCAUUAUGGAAGAAACAAAUAAUUGAAAAUGGUGUAGCUGCCUGUCGUCAAGCAGGCUGUCAAUUCACUGCGCCUUCCGUUGAAGAAAUUUGCAAACAUUACUCCUUGUGCAACUUUACGCCACAACAGGAUUUUGUCUGUAAAAUCUGCAACUAUUCAACAGAAGAUGAGGCAAACAUUACGCAACAUGUGAAGGAAAACCAUCCGUCGGACGAAUUUAUUAACAAGGGUCUAAACUCUGAUAAUGAAGGAAAGUACGCUACGUCAUCAGAAGAUAGUGACAGUGAUUCUACUGAGAUGGACUCAACCAUUUCGAAAAUGCGCGUCUGUCGGGAAAGCUCAAGAAGUCAUAGAAGAAUAGAUUUCCUAGAUAAGGAAAUCGUGCAGAAAUCGAUUUGCAGCAAGCCAUACGCGGCUGCCUUGAACUUAACUUUGAAAUUCGCACUGAAAAAUUACCAAUUAUCCUUGUACAACGAAUACGUUCCAAAUACUUUUACAUUAUUAAGCAACAGUGAAGCUAGGAUGUAUUUACCAGAAUUAGAAAAUUCAAUGCAAACAGCAACGAUGGAACCACAAAAUUUAGAAAACCUGAAAGAUGAAACGAUUCAGUGGAAAACGUGGACCCUGGCCGAGGGAGGUUUUGACAAUGGUGUUCCUACGCUUUUUGUCGGAGGUCCUGUAUGGGCUUUGGCUUGGCUACCGAUACCUACUCCUAUGUACAAAAAACAACCCACUCAAUAUUUAGCUGUCAGUACACAUCCAACCAUGGAAAGCUCUUAUGCAGUAGGAAAAUCAUAUUCAGGUCGGAAUGCUAUCCAAAUCUGGAGUUUAGGACAUCUAGAUCACGAGGAUGCAAUGACUGCGCCUUCUUUGGCUUAUGCGGUUGCUCAUCAUCAUGGAACUAUUUGGACUUUGGAGUGGUGCCCUUCUGGAUGUUACGAGGAUGAAAGUCUUUUAAAUUAUUGCAAGACAAACAACAAAUUGAGAAGAAUGGGCUUACUAGCUGCUGCAUGUUCCGAUGGUUGUGUACAUAUUUAUUCUCUUCCUUUUCCUGAGGAAUUACGGCCUCCUGAAGAAACGAAUCCAAGGUGGCUGGUUUAUAAGGCAGAGCCUGUAUUAACAUUGGUUGUAAAUAUCAUUCUACAUGAUAAUGCAAAGGAACUUUGGCAGUGCACAAAGUUAUCUUGGUCCAAGGAACGUGGACACAACACUAUAGUAGCUGGCUUUUCGAACGGAUAUGUUGCUCUUUGGGAUCUGACGAAUAAAUCGCCGCUUUUGCUAAAUAAACGAGGAAAUACAACGACACUUAGUGCCUGUCGACAUUUUUGUGCUCAUGGUCAUGCCGUCAGCAUGGUAUCUCUAGUUCCUUACGGGAACAAACGCUACCUGGUGACAGCUAGUUAUGACAGGUGCUACAAAUUUUGGGACUUGGAGAAUACAAGUUAUCCUCAGUCCACAACAAGGAAAGGACUGAUAGUAGACGGUACUUGGAUGCUUCACUGGCCAUGUGGUCUCGUUAGUUUCGAUGAUGCUUUUGGGCUGGGUCAUACCAAUUCUUAUAUCGUUCCAUUAAGAGAAUACGGAUACAAGAUCUUCCCCAUCUUAGGGACGAAUUCCCCGACAUAUACCAUUUCCAUGUGCGAUUAUGCCAACGGAAUAGCACAUGGCACUUUGGCUGGCGAAGUUAUAACAAUUUUUCCUCAUCAGUUGCUUUAUAUCAACGAUAUGGAUAAGACCCUUACGAAGAAGCGGCGGGUGUCUUCAUACGUUCAUGUUAUGGAUUUCGAUCCAAAGACGUGUUCAGAAGUUGCAAAUGCGCAGAACAGUGACAAAGCUGAAGAAAAGAACGACGAAUCGUGCGACUAUCACUAUAUGCCAGAUAAAUACGUAGACUGCAAAGAUCGGUUUGGUCUCGUUUUCUGCGACAGCGUUAAAUCCAUAACUAAGAAGAUAGACACAAGCAAGCCUACCAAAUCUUUGGUGGCGGAGAACUUGAAAAACAUCCCCGUGGAACAGUACCCGUUCAUGUCGGUGAAUCGAAUUUUGUGGAAUCCUAAUUCGUGGAGUUACCUUUGGUUGGCCACGGGCUAUCAUUGUGGAAUAGUGAGGCUGCUUACAUUUAGGUCAAUGACUAAUCCCGAGCAGAAAAAAUUGUUACCACAGUACGCUCAAAAAAUGAUAGCUCAAGCAGCAGUCGCAAGUAAUAAUUAGGACCGAAUUAGUAGACCCGCAAAGUACAAAUUCCGAGGACCCUCAGAACUGUACAAAUAUUCUACGAGCUACAGCUAGGAAGGAGUAUACAUAGAAAUAAGCGCUUCGCUCUUCCGGCUUUACUGAUCGUCCGCACGAACACGAUUACGAAUUGCUAAGGUAUAAAAAGAAAAAUCAAGUCGAAUGAACACACUAAAGAUUUGUAGUCCAUCGUGGGGUGCUGUAUAAGAACUUGCAUUCCAUGUAGUUGGUUAUUUAUAUUGUAUAAACGCAUGUAAAAAUAUGUAUAUGGGAAACUUUGAAACCUCGUGCCUUUACGCAUAUUUAUUUAGGUAACGUUAUUGUGUCAAGUACACGAUGCCAAUGCAUACUCCAAUCCCUCGAGAUCUUAUGUUUCCAACUUGUAUAUAUUAUAUUAUACAUAUAUAUUUGUACAGAUAUUUCAUACGCGGUAAUUUCUGGUGUACAUACUGGAAGCUAUUUAAUGCCUGAAUUAGAUGUCCUCGCAGAUUACUAAUUAUUAUAUUCUAUUACCAUUUAUGUCCGUGAUUUUCUUAAACAUGUAUGGACCUACAUAUUACGAUUUUUUACAUGAUCAUUCUUUAAAAAUAAAUUACAUUAUUAUUAAUCAG